CACAAAAAGCACAGAAUAGUUAGCUAGAGUUAGCACGUUUAUUUUAAUUGGUUAAGUCUAGAAGAAAAUUUUUGACAGUUUUUUUCAACUUAUCUCUUCCCAUCGGAUAUUCAGCACACAUCAGUUAUCUUAAUGAUGAACAAAGCUAGCUUUAAUACAAGCGAUAAUGCAAAUGGACCUGAUAAAGUUGAUAUGUCUCUUGAUGAUAUCAUCCGGCUGAAUAAGAAACAGAGCCAGAAGGCAGCCUCCAGGAAGCGCAGGCUUGCCGUGAGGGGCCACCUCAUCCAGGGGAGGCGAGUUGGAGACUGGGCUGGUGCGCCUCUGCAGAGGGGAGCGGGUGUAAACAGACUCUUCGGCCGUGGCUGGAAAGUUCCAGCUCGCCGUGGGCAGGGGGUCAUUACCGGCCUGGCUGCAAGGAAGGCUGCAGCCCUGAUGAAGGGGGUUAGUCCUCUGAACCGGCCGGCACUGAGCCGAAAGAUGCUGAGCCGGCCUGGCCAAAGCUGUUUCCACCUAAACCGUUCAGCCCUAGCUCAGAGAGCCAAGCCAUUUAUUCUGCUUCAUGAGGCCCAUCCCAGACGCAUGCAGGAGCAGAGGUGGCCAUACACACAGAUGGAUAGACAGAAUACUCCAGGCCAUGUUGCUCACAGGCCCUUCCAGCUCCGUAGAAAAUGGAAUGCUCCUCAAGUUCAUGAGUCACAGAGGGAGGCUCGCCAGGCUACCUUCCUGUCCAGAAGAGGCCUCAAGGUUCACACUCGUGUGCAGAAAACCACGCCGGGCCCAGCAAUGCCAAGGACCAGACCGUGGCGCACUCCGCUGACCACCAGUGGCAUUCUUACUGUGUCUAUAGACAACCCCACUGCCAGAACUCAACCUGAGCCUGCUCACUCGUGGUCUCUGCACCCCCAAAACCCAGCACUGACCCCCACAGAGGCAGAGCCUGAGAAGAAAUCACCCAAGGGUGUCGCCUUGCAGUUCGACAUCAACAGUGUUGGAAAACAGACGUCCAUGACCCUGAAUGAACGCUUCCGCAUUCUGAAGGACAAGCGUGUCACUGCAGCACAGCAGAGCAGCAAAGGUGGCAGAUUCGUCACUGUGGGCUAGUAAUGAGUUCCAAGAGCCAAUGAAAGAGACUCACUGAGGUUACAUGUCCCUAUUGCCCCUAUCGCAGAGCAGUAGACAGACCUGCACCUACCUUGGAAGACAGAACAGCCAAAACACCUGAGCUUGCCAUCGGUUAAUGUAAUGCUGUUCAUGACAGAUGUUGUUGACUUUCCUGGGCUGAGAUGUUUACAUAUUGGAAUGUGAAUGCACUGAUCCUGUAGAGGAACAGUUAUGAGGAUUUUUCUGUAUGUGUAUUUGAUUAUAAAGUCUUCUUUUAUGACGUUAGUGCUGAUAAAUUUUGACUGUUUGUGUUGUUUCUUGAGAAAUCUUUUACAUGAGUUUGUUUAUACAAAAAGGGAAAAUAUUUGAGGAACAUUUCUUUGUUAUAAGUUGCAUUUUUCUCUUUUGUCAAACAGAUGUUUAGUGUUUUAAAUUUUGUUUUAUAAAGUUUCAUUAAACAAAUGCCAUACUGGUGUUCUGUAAAUGGCUGAUCACAAAGUUAAAACUGCAAAUCAUGUUUUUGUUCACAUUGGACUCAGUCACAUCUGAUUUCUGCCAUUCCUGCCUGAGAAUGCAUAUAGAGAGAAGUAUAUAAAGCAUGUGAUUU